UGUAUUUUGUGUAGAGUGCAUAUUUUUCGUAUAUUCCAUACAAUUAAAAUCUGAUACUUGGUUGCUUCUGAUCGAAGAUCGAAACUGGAAUUAAAAUUUGGUUUAUUCUUGCAGGACAACGGCACAAAAGCCGAGUGAAUUUAUGAAAAAUUACAUUGUUUAACUUUAUUUUACUAAUACAUUUUAAAAUCAGAACUAAAUACUCUGUACUAAGCCAUGGAUGAAAUAAAUGAUUUUUUCGACUUUUCUAAAAAAUUUGAGCGAGUAACUGUGCCGACUGGCUGCCUCACUGGCCAGACGACAACUUAUUAUCCACAAACAUCCAUUGACCCUCGAAUAGUCAAACGUGAAGAAAAAGGAAAUGAAUAUGCUCUCGAGUACAGCAUUGCUGAGAAGAAGCGUAUGAUGGAGGAAGAAAAUGUUGCUGCAGGCCCACCAUCUACCUACGCCGAGUCAUCUAUGCUAUCAGAAAUGGAAACUUUGGAUGACAUUGAUGACGACGAAGAUGGCAUUGAAGACAAAAAGCCGGGACCAACUGAUGAUCCUGUCUAUGAUAAAUACCAUUUCAAUAUGCAAUGGAAUGAUGGUCUUCCAAUUCAUGACUCUCAUAAGGAAAUCAUUGAGACAAUACGUCAAAGACGUGUUGUCGUUCUUGAGGGUGAUACAGGAUGUGGAAAGACGACACAAGUGCCGCAGUACAUUCUUGAAGACGCUUAUAAACGCCGUGAGCGCGUAAACAUAAUCGUAACCCAGCCACGUCGGAUAGCUGCAAUAAGUAUUGCCCGUCGUGUUUGUUCGCAGCGCAAAUGGGAAGAAGGAAGUAUCAUUGGUUAUCAGGUUGGAUUACAUGCUAACAUGUCAGAAGAUACACGCCUUUUAUACUGUACAACUGGUGUUCUUUUGCAAAAACUUAUUAAAGAAAAAUCUCUAAGAAACUACACGCAUAUUAUUUUGGAUGAAGUCCAUGAACGUGACCAGGAUAUGGACUUUUUGUUGAUAGUUAUUCGCCGAUUGAUGAUGACAAAUUCAAGGAAUGUAAAAGUGAUUCUUAUGUCGGCCACAAUCAAUACCGGAGAGUUUGCAGACUAUUUUAGAUUUGGAAGAACUCCCGCGCCAGUAAUUAAGGUGGAUUCAAGAAGAAAUUUUGUCGUCAAAGAGCACUACCUUUGUGAAUUAUCCAGAAUUAAUAAUAACGUUCAAAUAGACUACGAAGAACCCGGAAUCAGUAAUGAGAUGUACCAACUUGCUUUAAAAUUAAUAAUAGUUAUAGAAAAUAUUGAAAGCCAUGAAAGCUCAAAUAAUCCAAAUCAAAAGACUUCUAUCCUCAUAUUUCUUCCAGGUAUAAAUGAAAUUGAUAGAAUGGAUAAGAAACUUGAGACAAUUCAAAACAUGCAAGGUAGCGGUGUUAAACUGAUGCCAAUUCGUUUACAUUCAAUGAUCUCACCUGACGAACAACAAAAAAUCUUUCAUCGUGCUCCACCAGGUCACCGCAAAGUUAUUUUGGCUACAAACAUUGCAGAGAGUUCGAUUACAGUACCUGAUGUUAAAUAUGUAAUUGAUUUUUGUUUGACAAAAUCUCUAAUAACUGACACAAGUACAAACUUUACAUCAUUACAAUUGCAUUGGGCAUCGCGUGCAAAUUGUCGCCAGAGAGCUGGACGUGCUGGACGUGUUAUGAACGGAAGAGUGUAUAGAAUGAUAUCGAAACAAUUUUAUUUGAAUUAUUUGGAUGAAUUUGGAAUACCAGAAAUGGUUCGUUGUCCUUUAGAGACUUUGGUUCUAAAAGCAAAACUUCUUGAUAUGGAACCCCCGCCGGUUAUACUCGCCCUAGCAAUGACCCCACCAAACCUCUCAGACGUCCAUAAUACUAUAUUAGUUCUCAAAGAAGUAGGUGCUCUUUACAAAACAGUAAAUGCAAAGUAUUCAAUCCAAGAUGGUGACUUAUCAUUUGUUGGUCGAGUAAUGGCUGCUUUACCUUUGGAUAUUCGUGUCAGCCGUUUGAUUAUUUUCGGUUAUAUUUAUAGUGUUCUUGAAGAAGCUAUUAUAAUUGCUGCUGGAUUGAGUGUUAAAUCGAUUUUCACUUUCUCUGACAAAAAAAGAGGCGAAUUGGCAGCUUACUCUCAAAAAUUAGCUUGGGCGGAUGCUUCAGGCAGUGAUUUAUUUGCCAUCCUUAAGGCUUAUCGGGUUUGGUGUACGAUGCGCGAACAACAUAAUAUGAACGAAGAAUCUGGCGAAUAUACCUGGGCUGAUCGCUAUUUCAUAAAUAUUCGUUCCAUGAAAGAAAUGCACUUACUUGUUAUGGAAUUAAAGGAACGUCUAGAAGGUUUGGGCAUCAAAGAGACAACCGCCUAUCAGCGCAUUCAUUGGCUUGAUCGGGAAAAGACAAUAAUUUUGAAAAUUGUGAUAGCUGGCGCAUUCUAUCCAUACUAUUUUCUGCGUUCGAAUUUAAAUAAUUCAGAAGCUGAACGAUCCACUUAUCAUACUAUUUUUGGCCAUGAUCCAUGUAGCACGGUUUACUUUAAUAAUUUUAACACAAAACAUAUUGGCCAGUUGUAUUCGAAAUCAAUUAAGGACCUUUUCAAGCAAGCCCGAAUACAUCCGAAAAAUAUCGAUGUACGUUUCCAGCCAGGAAGUGAAAAAGUUUUGGUGACAUUUAAGAGUGAUCCCGAAGAUGAAUAUGGGGGAGAAAGUAGUAAUCGUGUUCAAGUUCCUGGCAGUGUGCGGUUGGAGGUGUACAAAGCAAUUAAAAUGAGACAUUUAAAACUUCCUACUGUCAUUAAAGUAAUGGAUGCUAGAUCAGGAAUAAAUUAUGCUGAAGAACGUGGAAUUGGUGUUAUGUUUGAAGGCACGUGGAUUCCAACAAAGAAACAGAUCAAAAACCCAGAACUCGUAGUUAUUCCAAACGUUUUUACCAAACAGACACGUGGAUAUUUGACGCAUAUUGAACAUUGUGGAAAGUUCUACUUCCAACCUCUUACAGAAAUGGAACGUCUCAAAGAAAUCACAGCAUUGUUAAAUUGUCCUGAAGCUGAUGAACGUAAAUUCCGAAAUGCUUCUGCAGUCUCAAAGGGUAUGCUACUUGCUGCACCAUUUCAAAAUCAGUAUUAUCGCGCAAAAGUGGUGCAGGUUAUACACAGUUCUCGACAGCAUUUGGAAUUCCGGGUACUUUUCAUUGAUUUUGGUAACACUUCUGUUGUCAACUUCACCGAAUUGCGUCGUUUAAGCUUCGAAGCUGAAUAUCUUAUUGAUAUUCCACCUCGUGUUUAUGAAUGCUGUCUAGCAAUGGUUCAGCCUUCUUCAGUGAGAAGUCCCAGUGGAAAGUGGUUGGACGAAGCCAUGGAAUAUAUGCAAGAAGUUGCGGACACUGGUGUCGUUGAAUUGGAGGUAUAUUCUGUGGUGAAUAGCGUGACUUCUGUCAUCAUUAAAGUAGGUAACUCUACUGUAAACGAUAUUCUCGUCGAAAAAGGCUUAGCACGAAAAUCUGAUGAGAAUUUCAUGUCCAAGACUGAUCAUGACUUACGUAUGAGAAAACAGUCAGUUGCUGAAAGAAUUAUGCAGGAAGAUUUUUCCAAACAGAACGAGGAGUAUUUGCGAUCUAUUCAACCAGAAGUUGACUUAGAAAUCGAUCCGCCACCACCAGAGUUGUGUUUAAAUAAUAUCUUUCUUCGAGGUCCAUUUAGUCCGCUGGAAGCCAAAAUCUUCUCUGCAACUCGUGUAGGUGCUUGGAAGGGUGUACAUGUCGAGAGGGAAUCAGUUAACUCAAUUCUAGUUGAUGCUGAUCCUCAGGAUGUUCAUGAACGGUUAAUUGUGGCUGCUGGUGUUUCUGAGUCGGUGGAUCGAAGUUCGCUCACAGCACGUCAAACCACCCUUAUGCCAAACAUUCAUGGUUUUGCAUCUCUGAUGACUUUAAUAUUUUGUCCGACUAUGCAGAUUCAUAGGAACUCCAGCAAAUCUAAGUACGUGUCGAUUUUAGCUGGGCUUGGACAUGAUGAAAACUAUAAAUCGUUGUUUGAAGAGCACGACAUGGUGUUGCACUUGGACUCGGAGAUUUUAACUUCCGAUCUGGAAUUGAUAAAUCAAAUUCGUUACUCGAUGGACACAAUUUUGUACACAGAUCCAGGCGAUGAUAAACCAACCGUUUCGCCCAAUAUUCGUGCUGAUCUUGCGGCUAAAAUUAAGAGUCUUAUUAUAAAGCUUUUGAGUAAAACUCGCAAAUAUAUAGAAACGCAUGUGGAUUCUCAGGAUCAUAUUUGGGUACGACCUGACGAAAAAGAUGUCAUUGAAAGUCCUCUUAUUUAUGGACCCAGGUGUAUUUUUCCCAUGCAUUCUGCUCUACGUUUGUACGAUGAAUCAUUCGAUCGUAUGCACGCCCUGAAUGUGCAUUGCCGUGAAUUACAUAGAAUGAAGCAAUUUGAUGGAUCUGUAGUGGCAAUAACCUGUCAACUUUGUGACCAAACUUUGGAAAACAUUGUUCAUUUAAGAAUUCAUUUACUCUCACAACUCCAUAGAGAUAGAGAAUAUCAAAUUAAUUUUAAAGCUCCUCACUAACGUAGUAUACUUUUCUUUUUAUAUACAUACAUAUACAUAUUUUUUUUUUUUAUAAACAUAAAUCUUUAUUUUUUUGUUGUCAAUGCCUUACAUGAAUUAAAAUGUUUUUAAGUUCGUUUAUUUACAUACAUACGUAAUAAAAUAUUUUGAAACUUUCUAUCUGAA